UGGCUCCGGAUCUCGCAGGAAGAAGGUGAGGCAGCACUGCACUUGAAAAAGCUCGUGGUAUACCCUCGUGGAUCAACCGUAGAUCCAUUCUAGUUCCCUUCGACAGCAUUCAUUUGACCAAGCAUAGUAAUAAUGGCUGACCCGGAGAAGGCAGUAGCAACAUCGGCCACCGAGGAGGAGAUGUCCGAGGAAGAGAUGGAGGAGGAGGAGGGAGGAGAGCGUAAGGAGUUGGUAGACAAGCUCAUGAAGGACCCUCAGGUGCUGGCUGCCCUCCAGACCAAACUUCGUCGUUUCCUUGGAACCCAUUCUGGUUACAUCAGUUCUCUCCCAGUUGCUGUAAAGAAACGCAUUAAGGCAUUGAAGAAGCUACAGCUCCAGUACACAGACCUAGAAGCUGACUUCUACAAAGAAGUCCAUGCGCUAGAGGUUAAAUAUGACAAACUUCACCAAGCUCUAUAUGAAAAACGUAAACUUGUAGUCAAUGCCGAAUACGAACCAAAUGAAGAAGAAUGUGACUUCCCCUCGGAUGACGAAGAGGAUGAGAAGGAUUUGUGUAAAGACAUGGAAGACAAGGCUAAGAUUGAUGGAAAAGGCAAUGCUGAUGAAAAGGAUGACACAAAGUUGCACGACUUCGAUGAAAACACAAAGGGCAUUCCUGAGUUCUGGCUGACGAUCUUCAAAAAUGUUGACCUUCUCUCAGAAAUGGUCCAGGAUUAUGAUGAACCCAUUUUGAAGCAUUUAAAUGAUAUCCAGCUUAAGUUCCACGAUCAACCCAUGGGCUUCACUUUAGAAUUCUACUUCUCAGAAAAUGAAUUCUUCACAAACAAAGUUCUAACAAAGUACUAUGAAAUGAAGUGUGCGCCAGACAAGGAAGACCCCUUCAGCUUUGAAGGACCUGAAAUCUUUAAGUGCAAGGGUUGUACCAUAGACUGGAAGAAGGGCAAGAACGUUACAGUAAAAACCAUCAAGAAGAAGCAGAAGCACAAGUCACGAGGAGCUGUUAGGACAAUAACUAAGACUGUACAGAAUGACUCAUUUUUCAACUUCUUCAAUCCACCACCAGUUCCUGAGGAUACUGAUGAAGAGAUGGAUGAGGACACCCAGGCUCUCUUGACAGCAGACUUUGAGAUUGGUCAUUACAUCAGGGAGCGUAUUGUUCCACGAGCUGUGCUCUUCUUCACUGGAGAAGCCCUUGAUGAUGAAGACUUUGAAGAGGAAGAGGGCGAGGAAGGUGAAGAAGGUGAAGAGGAUGAGGAGGAAGAUGACCCAGAUUAUGAUCCAUCUAAAGACAAGUCUGCUAAGGAUCAGCAAGCUGAAUGUAAACAGCAGUGACCUCCCUCUACAAAAUAGGUCUCUCUUCAGUGACGUGUAAAGGCAGCAUCUGGGGUCUUGCCAGUUAGAUUUCUGUGAUGUGGGGAAAACUUUAUUUUCUGGAUUUCAAGAUUACAAGUAGUUUUUCUUUACAAUUGUGCAUACAAUCGUAGGUGUGCCAGAUUGUUAACCAGAGUGCUAUAUCUGUUCUGUUCAUGGCAGGCCAGAACUUAAGGAAAUCUAUGUAUUUUCGAAAUUGUUUAGCUGUUCAUAGUUUUCUUGUUCAACAGUGGUGUUGCCCUACAUAAUGUAGUGCAUAAACUGUCAAGAUUGUCUACUACAGUGGCCCUACCCCAGAUUUCUUUGUAGCACCCAGUGUAUGAUACUAGCAAAAUGUAACUUGAGCAGUCAUGACAAUGGUUGUCAUCUUCAGAGGUGGUUUGGUUAAUUUGUUAAGAGAUUUAUUGUAAGCUUGAAAGUAUGUACAAUAUAGUAACUGUAAAUGACAACCGUUGCUUUAUGGAGGCUCGGUACUCUUGACUAGAUUAACAUACUCUGGACAAACCUGCCUAAAUACCUGUCAGUUCAUUAUAGAACCAGCAUGCUAGGUUCUAUAAGGUUCAUCCAUAAGGGUACUAAGUUCUCUUCAUUGUGAUAUAAUGCAUAUAAAAAUUGUGCACUUUCUUUCUGCAGUCUAUGUUGGUUAUUAGAGAACCCCUUUUUGUACCAAUGUCAUUGCAUUAUACCAAGCUUGAGAUCUGAUGCAUGGCUGUUGACUACACAUCUCUAGCAUUUCUCAAAAAGAUUUCUAAAUGUGGAACACAACAGCCAUGAAGUCGAGGAGGAUGUCGAUGCUGUUGGGUGAUGAUGGAGCUGUUGCAUUUUAUCUCUAGGAGAAUAACAAAUUGUUGAAAAGGAAACGAAUCUUUCAUUGCCUGUUACAAAAUUGCCCAUAUAGGGAAGAGAUGGAUACUUAUUGUACCCAGUCUGCUUGGUAAAUAAUUGUAAUAGCUUUGUUACCACAGCUGCUAAUAUAUAUGCUCUUUUUCA